UGGGCAAGUCAAGAAAGUUAGGAAAGUUAGGAAAGUAGGAAAGUACAGCAGUAGUAAAGAAGUACAACCAUCCCACAUCUACCCCAUCCCAUCCAGCGCAAUGCCCUCCCCCCCUCCACACACCCUCAUCAUCGGCGCCGGCAUCACGGGACUCGUCCUCGCCCAAGCCCUGCGCAAGCACCACGCCGCCUCCUCCCCAACCGCCCCCCUCCCCUUCACCAUCUACGAGCGCGACCCCAACCCCACCCACCGCGGCGCCGGCUGGGGCCUCACCAUCCACUGGGCGCUCCCGGACUUUGAAGCCCUCCUCCCUGCUGACCUCGUCGCUCGCCUCCCCGAAACAUUCGUCGACACUGCCGCCGUCGCCGAGGGACUCACCGGGAAUUUCCUCCUCUUCGAUCUCCAACAUGGCUCUGAGCGAUUUCGCGUCCCCCCAAACACACGCAUCCGCGUCUCCCGCGAGCGUCUCCGCCGCCUCCUCAUGGACGGGCUAGACAUCCAGUGGUCCAAAACCAUCGCCUCCAUCGACACCACCACCCCCGCCGCCGUAACCGCCUCCUUCACCGACGGCACCACCGCAACCGGCACCCACCUCAUCGGCGCCGACGGCUCGCACUCGCGCGUGCGCACCUUCCUCUCCCCUUCCCCGCAAAACCACAUCCUACCCGUCCGCCUCCUCGGCACCAGCGUCCCCUACUCCUCCACCCGAUGCUUGCCCAUCCGCGCCCUGGACCCAUUCUUCUUCCAAGCCACCGACCCCGCCACAGACGCCUUCUUCUGGUUCUCCUUCCUCUCCGUCCCCACGGACCCCGCGGAGGACCGGGAGUGCCAGAUCCUGGUGUCGUGGCCGUUUCGGAAGGGGUUUUUGGGGCGCGAGGAGCCGGUUGAGACGCCGGCGGUGGGGGAGAGAGUGGCGUGGAUGAAGGAGGUUACGAAGGGGUGGGUGGAGCCGUUUAGGGGGAUUGUCGCCGAUAUUCCGGGGGGGGCGGAGGUGAAGAGUUUGGCGCUGGAGGAUUGGUUGCCGCCUGCCGAGGGGUUCGAUAGUAGAGAUGGGAGGGUUACGUUGAUUGGUGAUGCGGCGCAUGCGAUGACUAUGUACCGCGGCGAGGCUGCCAACCACGGCAUCGCGGAUGUUGCGUCUUUGGUUAAAGAGCUCUUCGCUGAGUCUGACGCUGAUCCCCCAAGCCCGAUUGAUAGGUAUGCGGCGGAGAUGAUUCCGCGUGCAAGAGUUGCGGUGCUGAAUUCGAGGAGGGCGUGUCUGGAUGCGCAUGAUCAUGAGAAGAUAUGCGAGACGAGCCCGCUGGUGGCGAGGAGGGUGGUUGUGCUGGAGUGAUGUGGGCUGUUGGGGGAAGCUCGUGUUGUGAGAAGUGAUGAAAUGUAGCCUCUUGCAUAUGAUGAACGAUGCAUAGAUUCAUCUCGAUAUAACGAAUUUAUAAAAAUAUUAUUUGCGGAUAAUUCCGUAUGGGAAUAGAGAUUAUUUGUGAUAAACACCCGAUAUAAUUUAGCAAAUAUAUUGACUCCCC